AUGUCUAAAGGCUCACAGGCUUCUAUUGUCAAGAUCGCUGGUGCAGGGUUUCGGCUCUCACUGCUUCUGAAUGCUGCCGCUUGUCAACUCGCUCAGUCCAGGCUAGAAAUUCAUAGUAUCGCCAAGGGAAUCUCGCUUUUCGCUUUGACGCUCAAACAUGUUGGGCAGACUAUUGAAGGCACCGAUGUGGAUCAGUCUCCAGAGGCAACAGAGAAGGCCUGGGAGAUUGCCGGACAAGGCCAGAUGAUAUUCAUCGAAAUCGAACACAUGCUAGACAAGCUGAAGGCAACCGAUAAAGACAAUGAUCUGAUGAGGAUCUCACUACAAGAAAGACUCAAAUGGUGCUUCCGGAAGCAGCAUGUCACUUAUCUGCUCGCCCAGUUGGAAUCUCUUAAGCUCAGUUUGAUUGUCAUGCAACAAACUCUACAGCUUGGAAGCAUUAUUAAAUCCAAUGUCGACGAUGGAAUUGAUACUGAUUCUCUCGCAUCCACCGCCGACGAUACCAUUGCUCAGGAGAAAGCGGAAACUCAGAACAUGAUCAUCGUCCGAUAUUGGUCUGUCAAGCGCCUCGAGCGCUUGUGGGAUCUUGUGGAACAAGAGACUCAAGAUGCCGCCAAUGAUUCGACAAAUCAGAGGAUUAGUUCCAAUUACUCGUCCAACACGGCACGCUCGAUUCCGAUAAGACUGCCCAUCAUUACUAUUGGAGACAGUAACGUGGGACUGAGUGACAUGGAGAAAUCCCCGAAGGAUAUGGUGCAACUAUCUGAGAGCACAUUGAACCGGCUGCUUUCACUCUGGGUGCCUUUCAUUGACCCAUCGAAACUACGUCACACUGGUAAAGGCUUCAACACAUCAAACAAGCUAGUCCAACCUCGAGUCUAUGUUUCUUCGGACACCGAAGAAGAAGAUGCCGAAGAGAUAGACUUGCAUAGUAACGACAACGGAGGUUACUAUCUCGAAGGAUCAACACUGGACUGGAGAGACCCUCAUUCACAGGAGGCCCGACAGCAUGCAGCAGAGCUACGCCGGAAGUACUCUAGCUACCAGGCUCGUGUUGAAAGCGAACCAGAGCCGGAUGAAUAUCCCAAGCAUCGAGAUACCCCUCGUAGCGACUCAAGAGUGAUCGACUCAAGUGACGAGAGCGAUCCCAGACUCGACACUCUUCGGCCAUCACACAGCACGAACCCCACGCAAGGCCGUCGGUUCCAUUCCAACAGCUUCUCAUCUGGAUAUGCUCCGAGUCACAACAAUCCCGACAGCAGGCCCAACUACCCAAGCGGCAGCUUCCCACCACCGAAUCAUACUUUACCCCGUCCUCCACUACCUUCACAUGCGCAGCGAGGUGUUCCCCAGCCAUACAAAUACUACCCAAACCAAGACUACGCCACAGCCCCCCGAUCCAUCCCAAUGAACAUGAACCAACCCAACCCAACCACUAUUCCCAAUACCAACCCCUCUCCCAGAGGCCCAUCGCCAAAUCAAGUCCAUUUCGAGCCUCGAAACCAGGCAUACAAUGUCCCCAACAGCAACAAACUCCAGCCCCGCCAUUAUUCAUCCGCAUACCCGCUUUCGUCCUCAUCUCCCGAGUCUAGCUUCCGAGCCUCGCCGCCUCGCUCGGGUCAACGGUCCCCGUCGUCGCAUCCACGCCGUUCCUCUCGUGAAGACGCAAGAGAUCGACAUAAGGCGUUGACUCGUAAUGCUACGAGGGGAUUGGUUGGCAUCGGGGCUAUUGCUGGCUUUAUGGAUGCGUUGGAGGCAUUUUCAAUUCUGUGA